GACCUUCACCUCUUUCUAAAGCCCCUAAAACAAAAUUUUGUUUUGAGAAAGAGUUAGCCAUGGAAGUCUCAAAUCACGCCAGAAAACGGAAAGCAAUCGACGCCGGACACAAGUCGCCGCCGUCAUUACCACCGGCGUAUCGAGUCUCAGACGGCUACGAACCUAACGCUGUAGAUCUUUCUCUCCUUGAAGCACUUGAGAAAUCUUCGCAUAAUCCAGUAGAGGCGGUUGAUCUUAAAACCCUAAAGAAGCAUGUCCUAUCCUUUGAGCGGCGUCUCAGGGACAACAUAGCUGCUCGGCUCAAGUAUGUGGAGAACCCCGAGAAGUUCGCAGACUCGGAGGUUGACCUACACGACGAAUUGCAAAAGCUCAAGGUUCUCGCUGGGGCUCCGGAGCUGUACCCGGAGCUUGUUGCCUCGAAUACGGUUCCCUCGAUUGUGAAUCUCCUCUCCCAUGACAACGCCGAUAUCGCGAACGAUGUUGUUCAGCUUCUUCAGGAUCUGACUGACGAAGAUGCCUUGGAGGAUAACGACGAGCCGGCGCGUGUGCUAGUCGAUGCGCUGGUCGAAAACAACGUGCUCGAGCUCUUGGUUCAGAAUAUGAACCGGUUAUCGGAGGCAGACCCGGAUGAGGCAGCGGCUAUAUACGCAACCUUGACGGUGAUUGAGAAUCUGGUGGAAGUGAAGCCGGCUGUAGCUGAAAUGGUGUGUGAACGGACGAAGCUAUUGCGGUGGCUUCUUGUGAAGAUCAAGGUGAGGGAUUUCGAAGGGAUCAAGCAGUAUGCGUCUGAGAUUCUGGCGAUUCUGCUGCAAAACAGCACGGCGAACCAGAAACGGCUAGGGCAGAUGAAUGGUGUAGACGCUGUGCUCGAGGGUGUGGCCAUGUAUAAGUCCAAGGACCCCAAAACUCCUGACGAGGAAGAGAUGUUAGAGAAUCUAUUCGAUUGCUUGUGCUGCCUCUUGAUGCCAUUGGAGAACAAGGAGAGGUUCGUGAAUGCUGAAGGAGUUGAGCUGAUGAUUAUUAUCAUGAAGCAGAAGAAGUAUGCUUACGGGUCUGCGAUUCGGGCUCUCGACUUCGCCAUGACCAAUUAUCCACCUGCAUGUGAGAGGUUUGUAGAUAUUCCGCUUAACAAGAGGAUCAAAAGGGAGCGGUAUAAGGAGGAGCUAGAGGAGCGGGUUAUUUCGCUGAUUGCGUCAUUAUUUGCUGGAAUUCUUAGGGGUUCUAGAAGAGACCGUUUGUUAAGCAAGUUCGUUGAGAACGAAUAUGAGAAGAUCGAUCGCCUUAUGGAACUAUACAUGAGAUACUCUGACAGGGUUAGAUCAGAGGCCGAGAGGUUAGACCAACUUGAGCUUGAUGACCUUGAGUUGGAUGAAGAUGAAAAAUAUAAUCGGAAGCUGGAGUCAGGCCUCUACAGUCUUCAGCUUGUUGCUGUUAUUCUGGGCCAUAUAUGGUGUUCGGAGCAUUCUGGAAUGAGAGCGCGGAUUGAGCUGCUGUUGAAGCAACAAAAGCUCAGUAAAAACGAUGUGAAGGAGAUACUUCAGGAAUAUCAUGACAACAUUGGAGAUCUUGAAGGACCAGAGCAGAAGGAAAGAGGACAGGCGAGAAUUCAGUUGUUCAUAUCGGCAAUAAUGUCAUCUCUCUCCAAAACACAGCAGAAUAGCUUUCUCUCUCUCUUUUUGUUGAACUUGAAAAUGGCGAACUCGACGACAACCGUUUUGAUCUUGAGCGGUGACUACAUGGAAGAUUACGAGGUGAUGGUCCCGUUCCAGGCUUUGCAAGCUUUCGGAGUGUCAGUCCAUACCGUCUGCCCCGGAAAAAAGGCCGGUGACUCUUGCCCCACCGCUGUUCACGAUUUCUGUGGCCACCAGACCUAUUCGGAGUCGCGAGGUCACAAUUUCACGCUGAACGCAACAUUUGAUGAGGUUGACCUCAGCAAGUACGAUGGAUUGGUGAUCCCAGGAGGACGGGCUCCAGAGUACCUGGCCAUGAAUGCGUCUGUCGUUGAGUUGGUGAAAGAGUUUUCGAGCUCUGGAAAGCCCAUUGCCUCUAUCUGCCACGGGCAGUUGAUAUUGGCAGCUGCAGACGCAGUUCACGGUCGAAAGUGCACAGCUUAUGCAACUGUUGGACCAGCCCUUAUCGCAGCAGGCGCCAAGUGGGUGGAACCAGUAACGCCUGAUGUUUGUGUCGCUGAUGGCAGUUUGAUUACUGCAGCUACGUAUGAGGGCCAUCCUGAGUUCAUCCAGCUCUUUGUGAAGGCUCUGGGAGGUAAAACAACUGGAGCGAAUAAAAGAAUCUUGUUUCUUUGUGGGGAUUAUAUGGAAGACUAUGAAGUCAAGGUCCCUUUUCAGUCCCUUCAAGCUUUGGGAUGUCAAGUUGAUGCGGUUUGUCCAGAGAAGAAGGCUGGUGAUCGCUGCCCAACUGCAAUCCAUGACUUUGAGGGUGACCAAACUUACAGUGAGAAACCAGGCCACUCCUUUGCCUUAACUGCUAACUUUGAUGGGAUAAAUUCCGCAAGUUAUGAUGCUCUGGUCAUUCCGGGAGGCAGAGCACCAGAGUAUCUGGCCUUGAACGGACACGUCCUUAACAUAGUUAAAGAGUUUAUGAAUUCUGGGAAACCUGUUGCAUCUAUAUGCCACGGACAGCAAAUCUUAGCUGCUGCGGGUGUCCUCAAGGGGAGGAAAUGCACUGCUUAUCCAGCCGUGAAACUGAACGUGGUGCUUGGAGGAGGAACUUGGCUAGAACCAGAUCCAAUUCACAGAUGCUUCACUGACGGGAAUCUGGUGACUGGCGCUGCGUGGCCGGGACACCCAGAGUUUGUGUCACAGCUAAUGGCCUUGUUGGGCAUUCAGUUGAGAUUGAUACAAACCAAUUACGGUAAAGACAUGGUUCAUCCCGAACCAACAGACCUCGCUGUUUCAAUGGCUGCAACCAGAUCAUCAUAUUUGGCACCGGUCACUUCCUUGACGACUUUAUUAUCCUUCAAGAUUUUGAAAGUCGGAACCACUCUUAUUCCUAGCUCCUUUGCCAAUGGCUGCACCAAAGAGAAGAAGAGUUUCAAAGUUAAUAAUGGUAUGGCAACAACAACAACAGGCUAUUCGGUU